UAAUGUCUUUGUUUGCUAAAAGGUGUGAAGAGUGGAAAGUUUUGCCAGUCGCGCGGCCUGGCUCGGUGGGUUCGGCACCUUUCGGUGGGCUUUGUGGGCAGAAGUGUGAAUGAAGGCAUGGCGGGCCCUGGCAGGAAAGGGCCGGUUCGGGGCCAGCCCCGAGUGCCCCGGCCGAGGCUCGGUGCCUCAGCCGUGCGGGCGGGAGCGGGGACGGAGCUGCCGUGAGGGGAACGCCCGGCCCGGGGGCGCGCGAGCGGCGCGGGGCCGCUCAGGCGCGCACGCGCACGGCGCCUCAGGCGGGCACGCGCGCGGCGGCGGGGCCAUGGCGGGAGGGCCGCCCGUGCUGCUGGGGCUCCGUGACGCCGCCAUGGCUGGGCCGAGCCCGGCGGGGCCGCUCCCCGCAUGGGCCACCAAUAAGCUGGGCGGCACCGCGGACUGGGUGCCGGCGGUGCGGGCCGGGCCGGCGCGGUGCGCUCGCUGCGGGCGGGCGCUGCUGCUGCUGGUGCAGGUGUACUGCCCGCUGGAGCGCGGCCCCGCGCACCGCGCGCUCCACGUGUUCGCCUGCGCCGCGCCGCGCUGCUGGGGAGCCGCCCGCAGCUGGAAGGUGCUGCGCUCCCAGUACUCGCAGGCCCAGGAGAAAGAACCCCGAGAUCUCGGCGUCAAACAGAAAGAAGAAUGGAACUUUUCUGCAAAGGAUUGGUGUGAAGAUGCGGAUGACUGGGGAGCCUGUGAUGGAGCAGAGCCCCCUGCAUGUGCCUCCCUUGAGCUGCUUGGCCUAAAGGAAGCUGUGAGCAGCGAGGUGGAGUGUGCAUCCCAGCUCCAGCAGCUGCACCUGUGUGAGCCUGCCGAUGGCUCGGGUCCCCAGGACACACAUCCUGCAGCCAGGGAGGACAUGGAUGGCCCAGGUCCCCAGGACACACAUCCUGCAGCCAGGGAGGACAUGGAUGGCUCGGGUCCCCAGGACACACAUCCUGCAGCCAGGGAGGACAUGGUGAUGGCAACAGCUGCUUCAGCUCCUGUGUUCCAGCCCUUCUACAUUAAUGUUGUGGAUGAGGAAGACUACAUGGGUUUCCUUGACACACAUCAUGCACAUAAGCUACUGAAGGAGUAUCAGCAGAGAGAGUGUGUUGAUUUGGAACAGAUGAUGUCAGAAAGUUUUGCAGGUGAAGAUGGUAAUGAAAAAUACGAGAAGAGUGAAGUAAAAAGCUGGGAUCACACAUUCCAUAAAUUCAUGAAAAGAAUAUCUAUCUGUCCUGAACAGAUUCUAAGAUACUCUUGGGGUGGCCAGCCUUUAUUCAUCACAUGUCCUCCAGCCAACCUGGACCAGGAUAUUCCAGCCUGCAGUAACUGUGGAAGCAGCAGAGUGUUUGAGUUCCAGCUGAUGCCCACACUGGUCAGCAUGCUUCAGAGUGACUCAGAUCUGUCAGUGGAAUUUGGAACUGUUAUAGUUUACACGUGUGAGAGAAGCUGUUGGCCGACCAAUCAUCAAACUCCUCUUGAAGAAUUUAUUUUUGUACAAGAAGACCCAGAUCAGAGAUUAUUUAAAUAAAUUGUAUUUCUCUGCAUAGAUGAAAA